CCUAGAUGACAACCCGCCGGCGGUCGAACCAACUGCAACAUUAUGGAGCACCGUGCCGUAAGCGGAAACACGUUUGGAGACAACACGCGCAUCCACCUAGGCGAUGUCAUCUAUCCCCCCGACGCGUCCUUAGAACGAUCGCUCGAGCGACUCAGCCUCCCGGAAGCAUCCUUCGACGCCGCGAACAAGCAGCAUGUGGCAUCUUGUUUGCCCAACACGCGGCGCGACGUCCUCGCACAGAUCCGGAGAUGGGCCGACGGAGACGGCGGCGGGCAACGGAUGUACUGGCUUAAGGGCAUGGCUGGCACGGGCAAGUCCACGAUCGCGCUGACGAUCGCCCGCGAAUACAGCGACAAGAAGCGGCUCGGCGCCAGCUUCUUCUUCUCGAGAGGCGGAGGUGACCUCGGGUCGACACGGAGGUUCGCCGCGACGGUCGCCGUCCAGCUUGCGGAGACGUCGCCAGAGCUAUCCCGGCACAUUGCUGGUGCGGUCGCCUCUAGUCACCGCAUCCGCGGGCUCGGCUUGUACGACCAGUGGGAGAAGCUGGUUCUACGGCCAUUAGCGCAGCUGGGCAGGGAGGCGGCGUUCCCGCACCCGCUCGUCAUCGUAGUGGACGCGUUGGACGAGUGUGACAACAACGACGUCUCGUUCUUGAUUCGAUGCCUGGCAACAGCGGCGGCCGUCGAGCACGUCGAUUUCAGGGUAUUUGUGACAAGCCGACCAGACCAGCCGAUCAGCCUCGCCUUCGACAGUAUUGCUGCUGACACACAUCAAGACUUAAUCCUCCACGAUAUCGAGCAGUCGAUCAUCGAUCAGGACCUAACGGUCUAUUACAAAUACCAACUGGGACGAAUGGCACCGACCUCCGGCCUAGACGCCGUCGUGUUUUCGGAUGCCGUGGUCGAGAAACUGGUCAAGAAAUCAUGUGGAUUGUUCAUCUACGCGGCCACGAUAUGCCGCUUUGUUCGCGAAGGAGGACCUCUCGCUGGAGAUCGACUUGCCCAACUGAUCUCAGACGAGCGCUUACCAGCCAGGGCGGGAACAGAGCUGGACCGAAUGUAUACGACCGUCCUGGAAUACUCUCUAAGCGGCUCGUUCGAUACGCAGGAGACGGCUAGGGUACAAGAACUGUUCGGCCGGGUUGUUGGGUCCAUUGCGGUGCUCUUCAAGGAGCUAUCGCCUGACAGCCUUGCCAUGAUGGUCGCCGAGCCAAGGGGGAAGAUCAAGUCGAUGCUAGGAAAACUUCAUUCGGUUGUGGAUGUUCCAGAACAGGAGGGCAGGCUGAUCCGGCUUCACCCGUCGUUCCGCGAAUUUCUCCUGGAUCCACAGAGAUGUUCCAAUGCUAUGUUCCGCAUUGACGCCAAGAAGGCGCACGGCAAGCUAUUCGACUGCUGCCUUGCGAUCAUGUCGGGCCACCUCCGGCGGAACAUGUGUGACCUCCAACGACCGGGUACACGAGUUGGCGAUAUUCCCAGGUCGGAUGUGGACAAAAGCAUCCCCUUCGCUGUUCAGUAUGCGUGUCAGUACUGGGUCUACCAUCUGGAGCAGAGUGACGUAGAUCCCAGAGAGCACCCUGGAAUCGUCGACUUCUUCCAUUCUAGAUUCCUCUCCUGGCUCGAAAUCCUCGCCUUGACUGGUAGACUUGCGGAUGGUAUUGCGAUGAUCAAGCUUCUCGAGGGCAUGUUACCCGUGAACGUCACGAGCGGGUAUCAAACCUGCUUUCGCAGAAUGAGGACGAAGAUCGCCCGCAAAUCUGUGAACGAUCCUCUGCCCCUCAACGCGUUUGUUCACGAUGCGAAGCGAUUUCUGUUAAGCCAUAGCCAGACCAUCGAGGAGGCUCCGCUACAGGCAUACUGCUCUGCGCUAGUUUUCAGUCCCCAAGCGAGCAUUAUUCGGCGGCUCUACAUUCAUCAGCUUCCCAAGUGGAUACUACGCGCACCGGCGCUCUCAGAAGACUGGGGUGCACACUUGAAGACGCUGAGCCAUCCUAGUCUCGUCGAGGCCGUGGCCGUCUCGCCCGACGGUCAGCUCAUCGUAUCGGGCUCUAGGGAUAACACGGUUUGUGUGUGGGAUGCAACAAUAGGCGUUACGCGGCGCGUGCUCGAGGGCCAUAAGCACGAGGUCAGAGCCGUCGCCGUCUCGCCCGACAGCCGGCUCACUAUAUCGGGCUCUUGGGAUAAGACGGUGCGCGUAUGGGAUGCAACGACGGGUGCUAUGCGGCGUGUACUCAAUGGUCACUCGGACGCAGUCUCGGCUGUCGCCGUCUCGACCGAUGGCCAGUUCAUCGUUUCGGGCUCUCACGAUGCCACGGUUCGCGUGUGGGACAUAGCAACGGGUGCUACCAAGUCCGUACUUAGUGGCCACACGGACGCGGUCUUGGCUAUCGCCAUCUCGGAUAAUAGCCAGCUUAUCGUGUCAGGCUCCCUCGAUAACACGGUACGUGUAUGGGAUAUAACGACGGGUGCUAUACCGCACGUGCUUAAGGGCCAUUCCUACUUGGUCACUACCGUCGCCGUCUCGCGCAAUAGGCAACUUAUCGUGUCAGGCUCUUACGAUAACACGGUACGCGUAUGGGAUGCAGCGACGGGUGCUACACAGCGCGUGCUCAAGGGCCACACGGACGCGGUCUCGGCUGUCGCCAUCUUGCCUGACGGCCAGUUCAUCGUUUCGGGCUCUCAUGAUAAUACGGUUCGCGUGUGGGACAUAGCGAAGGGCGUUACGCGGCGCGUGCUCGAGGGUCAUAGUAACUGGGUUACGGCUAUCGCCGUCUCGCUCGACAGCCAGUUCAUCGUAUCAGGGUCUUACGAUGCCACAGUACGCGUGUGGGAUGCGACGAUAGGUGUUGAGCGGUGCGUCCCCAAGGGCCCCGCCAACUCGGUCUCGGCCAUCACCGUCUUACCUGACAUUAUCGUGUCGGGCUCUUAUGAUAACACAGUACGCGUAUGGGAUGUAGCGAUGGGUGCUACGCGGUGUGUACUCAAGGGCCAUGCGGGCACGGUCUCGGCUGUCGCCGUCUCGCCCGACGGCCAGCUUAUUAUAUCGGGCUCUUUCGAUAUGACGGUACGCGUAUGGGAUAUAACGAAAGGUGCUAUACGGCGCGUCUUCAAGGGCCACACCUGCCUAGUCUCUGACGUCGCUGUGUUACCCGACAGCCGGCUUAUCGUAUCGGGCUCUCACGAUAACACGGUACGCGUAUGGGAUAUAGCGGCGGGUGCUAUACAGCGCGUGCUCAAGGGCCACACGGACGCGGUCUCGGCUGUCGCCGUCUCGUCCGACGGCCAGUUCAUCGUAUCGGGCUCUUUCGAUAACACGGUUCGCGUGUGGGACACCGCGACGGGUGCUACGCGGCGCGUGCUUAAGGGCCAUAGGAACUGGGUCAUGGCUGUCGCCAUCUCGCUCGACCGCCGGCUUAUUAUCUCUGGCGACAAUACGAGUAUGGUGCGUGUGUGGGACGCGACAACCGGUGUUACGCGGCGCGUGGUCGAGGGCCAUUCCUGGGUCUCCGCCGUUGCCGUCUCGCCUGACGGACAGCUCAUCGCGUCGAGCUCUAGCGAUAAGACGGUACGUAUAUGGGAUAUGGAGACCGGUGCCGAGCAGCUCGUGCUUCCGGUAGCCAUCGCUUUACGGCACCUAUCCUUUUCCCCCUGUGGUAAACACCUUGUUACGGAUUGUGGAAUCUUGCCAUUGCCCUCCUCAGGUUGUCGAUGUUCACGCCACGUGUUUGCUACUCGGUGUUGGAUCACUGAUGGUGGCGAAGACCUACUCUAUCUUCACCCAGACUAUCAAGAGUCAUUUGGCUUUUUGUCUGGUAGUAUAGUUGUUUACCUUUCACAGGCUUUGCAGCUCAGUUUGUCUAGAGAGGCAGUGACAGAGAGUGCAAUGCGAUGA